CCUCCCACUCGCUGCAAGCACUGCCGCGAUGUGACUGUCCGGUGUCAGCCCUGUGCCUGCCUCGGAGCUCCUUUUCAGGGUGCUGUGGAGGAACUUCUGUCAACAACACGUUCUUUACUCGUGGUGCUCCCACAUCAAUGAUGACUACAGAUCUAUGUUAAAAUCAAGACAUCAGCUGGAUACUGUGCAUUGACCUGAUGGAUACAUUCUCCAGCAGGAACCAAGAACAGAAAAUGAAAUUAACUCUUUGGGGUGUCUGAUCUGACCUUCUUGUAGGGUUUCACAUGUGACUUCUUUUUCAAGCAGCAAUGAGUGUACUCAGAUAUUAUUUCUUUGUCGUCCUGAUUCUCAGUGUUUCCCUUCCAUUUGUUUUCUAUGCCAUUACUAUACAUGCACAAAAAUCUCUCAGAAGGCUCAAGUUCUCAAUGAGUUCAACUUUAGUAGAAGACUGUAAAGCACUUACUAAAGAUAAGGUGUCCUUUCUGAAGGAAAAUGCUUUAAAAACAUCCUUCGGAAUAUUCAAUUGCACUGAGUACAUCACACAGAAUCACUACAUCACCCGGGUGCUGUCAGCCGAGGAGGCGGCCUUCCCCCUGGCCUACAUCAUCACCCUGCACAAGGAGUUUGAGACCUUCGAGCGGCUCUUCAGGGCAGUCUACAUGCCCCAAAACGUCUACUGCAUCCACGUGGAUGGCAAGGCGCCGGCCGCCUUGCAGCAAGCGGUGCGGCGCCUGGUGGGCUGCUUCCCCAACGCCUUCCUCGCCUCCCGCACGGAGCGGGUGGUCUACGGCGGUGUGUCCCGCCUGCGGGCCGACCUGCACUGCAUGAGGGACCUGCUGGCCUCGGCCGUGCCCUGGCGCUACCUGCUCAACGCCUGCGGGCAGGACUUCCCCUUGAAGACCAACUGGGAGAUCAUCCAGCAUCUGAAAGCCUACAGGGGGAAGAACAUCACUCCCGGAGUGCUGCCACCAGCACACAUCACUGCACGCACCAAGUAUGUGCACCGGGAGCAAUUAUAUUCUUUCUUUUCCUUCAUGCUGCCGACGUUUGUACGCAAGGCUCCUCCACCACACAACCUGACCCUCUACUUUGGUUCUGCGUACAUUGCGGUCACCCGGCCCUUUGUAGAGUUUGUGCUGCAGGACCCGCGUGCCAUUGACUUGCUGGCGUGGUCUGAGGACACCUACAGCCCCGAUGAGCACUUCUGGGUGACGCUCAACAGGAUCCCAGAUCUGCUUAAGGAAGAUGUUGCAAUGCAGCAAAUACACCUGCCUUACGGCAGAAUUUCCAGAAAAAAUAUUCUUGUCCUGUAUCCUCCAUUUAGGCAUUACAGUUUAUCACAAAAUAUAGGAUUAAAAUAUGGUUAA